GUUUUGGAACCUCAGGCUACUGGUUUCAUUUUUCCUCCUCCCCCUCGCAAGUCAGAAAAUUAAUUGCCUCUCAAGCGAGCUCCAGCUGAAACAUCGGCAGCUCCAAUGCACCGAACUAGCAGCCCCUUGGAGUAAGAACUCAUCAUCUAUUUAUUUCAACUCUUUGAUCAGAAGAAAAGUAAAUUUCAGGGUUAUAUUUUUUUCCUUAAUGUAUGGCAUUCGGGGUUUCUUUCAUCUAAUUGGUCUUCAAACGCUGGGUUAUCUGUUAUAAUAAAAGUUGUACCAACGGAAACCCAUAAUGGAAGGAUCAGCUGAUGUAAGUGUAAGUGAACCUGUGGAGCACUCGGUCGCGGCUCCUCACAUUAAAAGAAAAGAGAACGACGAACAGCUCCCUCAGCAACGAGAUACAGACAAUGCUUUGGAGAAUGCAGACCAAGUUACAAUUCCAAGGUCGCCAGAGAAUUUUAUGGAAACCUUAGCAGGAAAGGAUCUAAGUCAUGACCAGGGUUCAGCAUCGGACCCUGGAAUGAUGGUGGAAGAGCUGACAUUGAACAAUUACAAGAGCCCAAUCUUGUUUAAAGGCGAAGGUUCCUCAGUUAAGAAAGGUUUCUGGAACAAUUUUACAAGGUUGGCUGGUGAACCGAGAAGUAGAGAUGCAUCAUUGAGAAGUUCAUCUAUAGGAUAUCGGGAGGGCGUAGGGAGUUUGUUUAUGCCACAAAUGUCAAUGAGAAGGCCUCCAGGAUCCACUCAAUUGGAGCCAAGUCCUUCUAAGGUAGCUGAUCAUUUAGCUGAAAGUGAUCACCGCAUUGCUUCAAGAAGUAUGCUUGACAAACCUGUGGAAGGGAUCCGGACAAAGGUUUUACCAGCAUCUGGUUUUUCUCAGUUUUUAGUAAAGAAUUCAUUGAGGAGAAAGGGGGUUGCAUAUAAACAUCCAGGAAUUCGGAAGGAGCCUUGGGGUGUAACCCAAAGUCGAAAUAAUCUAGCAAGGUCUAGCAACGAUGCAGAGGUGGAUACUCAUUCAUCAGAGAAGCCAAGUGGAAAACAUGAUGACAAAACUUUGAUUGGAGGCGGUGGUCAAGCUGAUACCCGGCAUGAUGAGAUUAGUUUGAGGGAAUGGUUGACCCCAAGGCUUCACAAGUUGGAUAAAUUCGAGAGGCUUCAGAUGUUCAAACAGAUUUUAGAACUUGUAGAUUCCUCACACUCCCAAGGACUUAUUUUGCAGUGUCUACGUCCAACAUAUAUAUUGAUUUCACCUUCAAAUCAAGUCAAAUAUGUCGGUGCCUUUGUCCCUAGAAGUCAGAUGGAGCAACUGGAAGGUCAACAUAAUCAAAAUAUUGAAAAUUAUUUAGAGCCUCAUUUGAAAAGGAAAAAGUAUUGGUGGCACGAUGACAACAGUUCAUCAAGCAUGCACCAGAAACUCGGUGAAUCAUACAAACCUCAUGUGCUUUCUGGUGGUUCUGCUCUCCAACAACCGACAUUGGAGUUUUUGAAAUUGGAAGAAAAAUGGUAUGCUAGUCCAGAGGAACUAAACAUGGGCACUUGCUCGUUUUCUUCCAACAUCUACGGUCUUGGGGUUCUUCUUUUUGAGCUGUUUUGCUACUUUGAUACUUGGGAACUGCAUUCUGCUGCAAUGUCUGACCUUCGCUACAGAAUACUUCCUCCGAAUUUUCUAUCAGAGAGCCCUAAAGAGGCAGGAUUUUGCCUUUGGUUGCUACAUCCAGAGUCUUCUUCGCGACCUAAUUCAAGGGAUAUUCUUCUCUCGAACUUCGUGAGUGAAGGUCAAGACAUGUUAUCUCCAGAUGACUCAGCAGCUAUUGAUGAAGAGGAUGCAGAGGCAGAUUUGUUGUUUCAUUUCUUGUUAAGCAUGAAGGAACAAAAGGAGAAGCAGGCUGCCAAGUUAGAAGCUGACGUCCAGCGCUUAACAGGAGAUAUUGAGGAGGUCGAGAGAAGGAGACCUGCACAUGGUGAAGGAACAUCCUGGUUUUCCACGUCAAUUCUAAAGGAGGAGAGGCUGAUCGGAAAUCUUGAUCAACUUGAAAAUGCAUACUUUUCCAUGAGAUCCAAGAUUGAGCCUUCUGAAAGUGAUUCUGUGUCUCGUUCAGAUUCAGAUGUUCUGAGAAUCCGCAAUGGAAGAUUUCAGGUUCAAAAUGACACUGAUCUAUGGAAGGAACCUACAGAUUCUCUUGGUUCCUUUUUUGAAGGUUUAUGCAAGUAUGCUCGAUAUAGUAAAUUUGAAUUAUGUGGAAGCCUAAGGAGCGUAGAUAUCCUCAACUCUGCAAAUGUCAUUUGCUCUUUAAGUUUUGAUCGAGAUGAGGACUACUUUGCUGCUGCAGGCGUUUCAAAGAAAAUUAAAAUCUUUGAAUUUGGUGCUCUUUUGAACGAUAGCGUUGACAUCCAUUACCCAUUGAUUGAGAUGUCUAAUAGAUCCAAGCUCAGUUGCGUCUGUUGGAACAACUACAUUAAGAACUAUUUAGCUUCGACAGACUAUGAAGGUGUGGUUCAGUUAUGGGAUGCGAGCACAGGGCAGGGAUUCACACAAUACAUAGAGCAUCAGAAGAGAGCCUGGUCUGUUGAUUUUUCUAUAGUGGAUCCAACUAGGCUGGCUAGUGGAAGUGACGAUUGUUCAGUGAAACUCUGGAGCAUUAACGAGAGAAACUGCACUGAUACAAUCAGGAAUGUCGCCAAUGUUUGUUGUGUCCAAUUCUCACCAUACUCUUCCCAUUUGCUGGCCUUCGGUUCAGCUGACUACAAAAUAUACUGUUUUGAUCUACGGAUGACCAGAGUUCCCUGGUGUACUUUGGGUGGACACGGGAAAGCCGUUAGCUAUGUAAAGUUUGUAGAUUCUGUAACAGCUGUGUCUGCAUCCACUGACAACAGCCUUAAGCUUUGGGAUCUUAACAAAACCAAUCCAAGUGGUUUGUCGACCAAUGCUUGCAGUUUGAGCUUCAGUGGUCACACCAAUGAGAAGAACUUCGUAGGUCUGUCUGUUUCUGAUGGAUAUAUAACCUGUGGUUCAGAAACCAAUGAAGUUUAUGCUUACUACAGAACUCUUCCCAUGCCGAUAACUUCUCACAAGUUUGGCUCCACAGAUCCUAUUACAGGGCAAGAAACCGAUGAUGAUAAUGGACAAUUUGUUUCGAGUGUCUGCUGGAGGGAAAGGUCAAAAAUGGUGAUAGCAGCAAACUCAGCUGGAACCAUAAAACUUCUGCAAAUGGUUUGAGGCUGGGAAUUAAUUCUUGAAGCAGAAGGAAACACAUUAAAAGGAAUCCUUUACUCCGGAAGAGCACAGUGGUUCGGCUGCUGACCCAGUCGACCUGCCUCUUGUUUGAACUCGCUUAACUGUGGAUUUCUUUUCCUAAGCCAGCAAGUUAACUUUGUCAUAUAUUUGGAGAUUUGGAGUCUCCUCAGCUUUUCAUCCUUUCAAAAAGAUCAAAGUACCACAUCCAGUAUAAGCGAGAAACCAUAUCAGUUCCAUACGUACCCUUGAAGGGGAAGCUAACCACCAAUUCUAUGAUCUCAAUAUUGACAUAACCAUAAGCCAACAGCCUUUCCAUCUUCAUAUUCACUUCAGAGUAUUUCCACCAAUGUUAAUGCUUUGCCAGAUGAAGGAUGAAAAAAAUAGAUGUACAAAGAUGACGCAAAUGUUGAAAUAAAAAAAGCUAUAGUGAGAUUAAAGCAGUUAUACCGAACACUUGUUGACAAAAAGAGUGGUAUUGAGUUCUGUACAUAAAAUUUUGUGUCAUCAUUCAUGUUAUUGGUUUA